GUAGAAAACGGACGGGUGCAUCGCGACUGUAUAUUGUCGAUUUUUGGAUGGCUUCAACAAAAACGAUCAAAGUCCAAAAGGGGCAUGUUGCUGAGGACUUUCGGAAGGUACACAAUGUUUGUGAAAGGUUACGGUAUCUUCCUCCCACGAUGGCUGGGUACUUACUCGACUCGUCGGCCGCCCAACAGGAGGGCUGCAGCUGCCUGCGCUGAACCAGACUGUCGGUAACAGCCAUUCCCUACAUAUAAAGCUGCGUUGAAGGGAAGAACUGGACGCUGAUACAUUCAUCGCUGCACCUGCACGGUAAGCUCUGGCACAGUCCCUCAGUCACUCGACCAGUCUCCUUACCGGCCAGCUCUUGCUUUCCCCAUCUAUCUCUACUCCUUCUGUCAUUCUUUUUUAUACAAGUGCCUUGAUCUAUUCUAUCUAAUUCUCUUUCUAUGGAGUCUUCACAGCCCAGACCAUCGCAAGCCUAUAUCCAGUCGCACCGUCCAGUGCUAGCACCGCAGGCGGCUCAGCGUAUUGCUAGGAGGGCCACCCGGUGCAGGCCUAAACGGGCUGCUCGUAAGGCGCUUCAGGAUGUCCAAUUUAGUUCACUGGGGAGCUAUCGGCUGCCGGUCGAUAACAUUCGGCAAAGUCGAAUGAUGCCAGUUCGUGAUCGUAUGUAUGAUCGGCAGCCUCAGCUUGUCGCUACUCCCGAGGACGAGCAAGAUGACGAGAUGGUUUACCAUGAUGAAGAACCUAGCUACGAUGAAGAAUUUGGAGACCCGCAAGAGCCGCAAGACGACGGCCGCUAUGUUCUGGAAGCCCUAAUAAACCAGCAAUCGAAAGCAACCUUGACACUCAUUAAUAAAAUGCGAACAGAGUUUCUUGAAAGCAUGAAGCAGAUGAGAACAGAGCUUUUGGACGCCUUGAAGCAGAUUAGAACAGAGAUCUACAGCAACAAUCAAUUACCGCAACGGAUAAGUGAGACCAUAGUACGCGCGAUUAGUGGCCAGACCAACCUUCAUGCACAGGGAGCCACAGGCCGAGGUGCUCCUUUGCAGAUGGGAUUGGACUCUACCGUGGACCCUUCCAAUCUGAUGAGCAAUACCAGAGGAACCGAAAAUAUCGGCUCGUAAAGGCUAAGUUCCGAAGGCGAUCCUCAGGUCUAGCUGGACGCACUGGGAAUGGAUAUCUACACAUAUUUAUGUAUACAUAUGUGUCUGUACAUACAUGGAGAGAUGAAGUGGUACCACGUUACGACGGGGGGAUAAGUUUAAUGACAUGGCUCAACAUACAAAUAUUAUACCGAGUCAGGUUUGAGUUCGCAAAGACAAUUGGAUGGUGAUGCAAUAAUAACAUGGUGAAUCUCCAAAUUGCAAAGCAAAGUUACAACCGCCUUUCGCUGUGCCGGACAGAGAAGGGAUACAGACCUCGACCCAUUCAUGACGACCUCCUAGGGCAGACCCAAACUAAAACAAUAUCGAUGCUAGGCGAAUGGAGAAUUUUACCAGCUGGGGACAAAAACAAGAGUUUUCUUAUCAAAGGGUGAGUUAUAUUGAAUAGCUCGCGCGGGUAGAGACGGAUACGUAGGCUGUAUUCAAUGAUCACGCCGACAAGAAGCGCCGAUAUAUACGUUUACUGGUAUAUGUUGCAGGCGGUUACCGGGAAAACAAUAAAAGGCAAUCUCU